AUGCUCAACUCGCCAUUUGUUGUAUACGACGUCAACAACGGAACCACUUUUCCCGUUCAGUUUUCCUUGCUUCGAAGCCCGCCACUAAAAUUAUUAGAAAAACAAUCCCCACCUAUGAAGACGAUGAAUGUCAAGCAGGUGGCGGCUCUACGUUCGUAUGAUGGUCCAUACAGAGAAUCGGGUCAUGAGAAUCGAGUUGUUUCGUCUGCGACUACCACACCUCAAACUUUAUCACGCAUGAGCUCAAUCAAAAAACAACACGUUUACUGGCCCGAUCGAUCAAAUAUACCAAAUGGUAAUGAUCUCCGUUCAAUCAAAGAUCGACAAUUUACACCACGAAAACAACCAUAUGCUGGAGGAGAAAUCUUCAACACAACUAUGCUCACUGAAUCUCCAUCGAGUCACCGUCGACUCGCUGUUAUACCUACUCCAUCAUCAGCGUUAUCUCAUCUCAUUCAAACAGCAAUUAUGCCCGCUGGUACAGCUGUUGGCAAUCCUAGUGCUAAUCAACGGUCAACACCAACCAAACAGCCAAUGACUGAUCCAGCUGGUUAUAAGAGCACAGUGUAA